ACGACCAACAACAAGGUGAAGGAGACGGUUGCUCUGGAGCUCAGCUUCGUCAACUCCAACCUGCAGCUGCUCAAAGAAGAGCUGGAGGAGCUCAACAGCAACAUGGAGGUCUACCAGACUGACAGUGAGGCUGUCAACGUUCCCAUGAUCCCGCUCGGACUAAAGGAAACCAAAGAAGUAGACUUCACUCUCUCCAUCCAGGACUUCAUCUGUGAGCACUACGGAGAGGACAGCUCGCUCUACGACAAAGAGCUCAAAGAGCUUAUGGAGCUCAGACAGGCCAUGCGAACACCCAGCCGUAACCAGGCCGGUCUCGAGCUGCUGAUGGAGUAUUACAACCAGCUGUACUACCUGGAUCAGCGCUUCUUCCCCCCACACAGGAACCUGGGCGUUCACUUCCACUGGUACGACUCUCUGACAGGCGUCCCAUCGUGUCAGCGAGCGUUGGCCUUCGAGAAAGGAAGCGUGCUGUUCAACAUCGGCGCUCUGUACACGCAGAUCGGAGCGCGGCAGGAUCGCUCAGCCACGGCCGGCAUAGACCGAGCUAUAGACGCCUUUCAGAGAGCCGCAGGUGCAUUUAAUUACCUUAAAGACAACUUCUCCAACGCUCCGAGUCUGGACAUGAGCGGGCCGUCGCUCUGCAUGCUGGUGCGUCUGAUGGUGGCUCAGGUGCAGGAGUGUGUGUUUGAGAGCGUCACACUCACCACGCAGGACACACACUUCACCUCCCAGCUCCGCCUGGCACAGGAGGCGGCGCGGGUGUCAGACGUCUACAUGCUGGUGCAGCAGACCAUGACGCAGCCGCUGAUGAAGGACUACGUGCCGUUUUCGUGGGCGUCGAUGGUUCAGGUCAAAUCUGAACACUUCCGAGCUCUCUCACACUACUACGCUGCUGUUGCACUCUGUGACCACAUGUUGUCUGAGGAGGGGGACGACUGCGACGAGGAAGCAGAGAAAGCCUUCCUCCAGUUCUACGUCAGCCCUCCUGCAGGACCGCAGCUCAGCCAAGUUCUACGAGACCCAGAAAACAGAAGAAAGUUCGGUAAAGCUCACCUGCGUCGUGCAGUGAUCCGACACGAGGAGGCGAUGCGAGUCCACAGUCUGUGUAAGAUCCUGAGGAAGAUGGACAUCCUGCAGGACGUCCUGUCGCUCACACACAAACGCUCGCUGGACAAAUACUCCGAGCUGGACCGAGAGGACGACUUCGAUGAGACGGCAGAAGCUCCGGAGAUACAGUCUCAAACUCAUCAGAAACCAGACAUCAUCCCAACCAACUUCUCCACAGUCCAAGUUACUGAUAUCUUCCAAAGACUGGGGCCUCUCUCUGUGUUCUGUGCUCGAGCUCGCUGGGGUCCGAUGCGUCUGAUCUGCCUGCAGAGAGGAGAAGGAGGACUGGGCCUCACGCUCAGAGGAGACUCCCCCGUCCUGGUGGCUGGAGUCGUACCUGGAGGCUGUGCAGCGGAGGCGGGACUGAGGGAAGGAGACUACAUCGUGGGGGUGGACGGAGAGGACUGUAAGUGGGCCAAACAUGCCGAGGUGGUCAACAUGCUCAAGAGCUGCAGCGACAAAGGAGUGGAGCUCAGUGUGGUCACGUUACACUCACAUGAUACACAGCGGAGGGCCGUCAUGUUGUCUCACAGCAGCGACAAAGAGAACAACAGGCAGCGGCUGAUGGGCGGAGCUAAAGGUCAGAGCUCGGCGUCCCUGCUGAACUGGAACAGGAAGAAGAAGAGGGAAGGCGGCGGCGGCGUCACCAAGAGACUAGGAAGCACUUUCAGUUUGUCGUUCGGCAGCAUCCGAGACGCCGAGGCAAUGUACUGA